CGGUGGCCCGGUCGGGAUGCUCGUCGGCGCCCGGAGACCAUGGCCCUGCCGAGGCCGCCGCCGAACGACCACGGGAGGCGAGACUGCGACUCGAAGAAGAAAAGGAAAGAAGCCGAGAUCUACCAGGCGCUGAACAGCGAGCCCAUCGAUGUGGCUGCCCUGAGGCGCAUGGCUAUCAGCGAAGGGGGCCUCCUGAUGGACGAGAUUCGCUGCAAGGUGUGGCCCAAGCUGCUGAACGUGAACACAGAGGACUUGCCACCUCCACCAGGAAAGGAACUCCGGGAGGACAACAAAGAUUACCAGCAAGUGCUGUUGGACGUGAGGCGGUCCCUCCGCCGCUUCCCUCCAGGGAUGCCGGACGAGCAGAGGGAGGGGCUGCAGGAGGAGCUGAUCGACAGCAUCCUUCAGGUCCUGCAACGCAACCCGCAGCUGCACUACUACCAAGGCUACCACGACAUCGUGGUCACCUUCCUGCUGGUGGUCGGGGAGAGGCUGGCGACGGUCCUCGUGGAGAAGCUUUCGACCCACCACCUCAGGGAUUUCAUGGACCCAACCAUGGAUAACACCAAGCACAUCUUGAACUAUCUGAUGCCGAUCAUCGACCAGGUGAAUCCAGAAUUGCACGACUUCAUGCAGAGGGCCGAAGUGGGGACCAUUUUUGCUCUCAGCUGGCUGAUCACCUGGUUCGGACACGUCCUCUCCGACUUCAGACACGUGGUGCGGUUGUACGAUUUCUUCCUGGCGUGCCACCCGCUGAUGCCAAUCUACUUCGCGGCAGUGAUCGUGCUCUACCGGGCCGAGGAGGUUCUGGCCUGUGAGUGCGACAUGGCCUCGGUCCACCACCUCCUGUCCCAGAUCCCGCAAGACCUCCCCUACGAGACCUUGAUCAGUCGAGCCGGAGACCUCUUCGUUCAGUUCCCGCCGUCAGAGCUCGCCCGGGAGGCUGCUCAGCAGCAAGCGGAAAGAACGGCCGCCUCCACCUUCAAAGACUUCGAGCUGGCCUCGGCCCAGCAGCGGCCGGACACCGUCCUGCGGCAGCGCUUCCGGGAGCGGCUGCGGGCGGAGGAGCGGGCCAAGGCGCUCCUGACGACGAAACCGAGGACCAACCGCUUCGUCAAGCUGGCCGUGAUGGGGCUGACGGUGGCCCUGGGGGCAGCAGCCCUGGCGGUGGUGAAGAGCGCCCUGGAGUGGGCCCCCAAGUUCGAACUGCAGAUAUUCCCCUGAGAGCCUGGUGUGUGCGUGGGGGGGGGGGAAGAGGAGACGGCCCCCGUCUCGCACGCGGCAUCGCGUCCCACCGGCGGAGGGCGGACGGAUCCGAAGGAAGGCGCUCCAAAGCAUCUCACUCCCCCCCGCUCUCCAACGCUCGCCUUGCUCCGCAGGCCUCCCCGAGCACCCCUCUGGGAAAGACGGAAAGGAUCGCCUGCUAUCGCUGCAAGACUGCAGAGCCUCGAUUUCUGCUCUGCUCCUUGCCCAGUUGAUGGCACCGCCCACCCAGGCAGCGGCUGGGCACGUUGGCACUCCAGGUAUCCCAUUUCCUCCCUCCCACAGUUCGAUGGAACGGGAAGCAAAUCAAGAGUGGGUGUUUUCCAGGGACUCUGUCGGUUGCUUCUGCAGCGUGAGUGACAGUGGGGUGUGACUGGAGCACGCUUGAAGGAUCCUCCCCCUGUUCUCCCCGCACGCCUGUUCCGUUAUUGGCAUUCCCAACCGUAGAACACGGCAGGCAGUUUCUAUCAAGGCGGGGCAGCCCCCCCAUGGCGGUCUGCGGCCGACAGCUCCCGUGUCGCUCCCUCUCCCGUAAGGACGGUCCGCAGCACACGGCCCCGUUCGAUUCUGCCGAAACAGGUCGCCGUCUUCCGGCCGCACCCCGCGCCAGCAGCUCCUCUCGGCCAGGAAAAGCUCGCAUCUGGCGUGAGGACCGAUCGGCGCCUUCAGACGUCUUUUCACUGCAGCUCUUUGAGUUAGGUUCUGCGGCUACCUUAUUGAUUCAGAAACUGCCUUACGGGAUAAAGGGGGAGGGGGAGUCUUCCAGCUAAGGAAAUCAAACCGCGGUGGGAAACUCCUUAAAAGUCUUUUCCCCCGCUCCCCGAAACAAACUGCGCGUUGCCCGGCUGGGCGCUGUGAGUGAAGGGAAACCCCCCCCCCCAAAAGCUGCACUCGUAACUCCGCGACCCGACUGUCCCAUCGAUAACACGCACACACACCCCGACACACGCAAACCUCUACCUCCUUCCUCUGCCUAAAGACCCUUUCACAAGUGUCCUUAUCUAACCUGCAAACCACUGACGUUGUCUUCUCUGAGAAGGACCCUUGCUUUGGCCGUCUGUGACCCCCGAGCAGCCUCGCCGGGCGGUUGUGGAUGCCCAGCCGCGGUUGGGUGUGAAAGGCAGCGAGGCCGUGCUUUCUCACCAGCCUGGGCCAAGUCCUUUCGUCCAGCAGCUUCCGGCCAGGGGGAUGAGAAGGAGAGGAUGGCCGUCUUUUAGAAGUGGCCGCUGCCCGUGUAAGUUGCUGUGCCUGGAGCUUAUCAUGACGUGCCCACUAGGAAAGGUGCAUGCAUUUCUUUGGAACCCUUGUCUGGCUUGUUCAGCGCACUGAACUCUGUGGCGCUUUGGGAUUUGCGUCUGCGACACGAAAGGCCAAAGAACCGUGUGGGGGGGGGCUUCUGCUCGCUAGGUCUCCUUGCCGCGCCAACGACCGACCCAAGAAGAAACUCUCUCUAUCCCCGUGGGUGGAUUGUGGCUGCUGUUCCCAGAAAGGCACGGUCUCUUCUUCCAAGUUUCUGAGACGCCAACCGUUACUGUGUGCGCCUAUUACAGGAAGACACGCGGCUCCGCCCUGGCCGCCACAGGUCCAGGAGCACCCGGGGCAGCGUGGCCUCCGAAGAAAAGGGUAGGCGUGGGGGGUGGGGUGCCCGUUCGUGGGGUGAGUGGCAGAGCAGAAUAACCGGGGAGGGCGGCUUCGGGGAGGGACGCUCCGCGGGCCUCGGGUGGCGAAAGGUCUGCACAGAAGUUGCCGGAAGGGAGAAUCGCGGAAUGUUAUCUUGCCGAGCAGCGUGUGAAAAAUCUGGGCCAGAGACCUUCCCAUCCCCGUCCGGCCUUUGCCGAGAAAUGACCUCUCAGCCGCGGGCGACCGCUCACCUUUUGAGGCACCAGGACAGAGAGAGGCUUCGGUGCGACGCUUUCGUCCUCCACCGCAGGGCUGGCAUUUGUCUUGUCGGCACAGGACGGGAAGACACCCCUUCCUCCCUGCUGCGGCGUGAAAGCAAGACAAAAAGCCAAAUCUUAGCGGGCUGAGAAAUUACUCUGUGGCUGAGCCGAAAGGGAAGUGAAACCCCGGGCAGGAGAGGGGAGGGGAGGAAUCCUCUUGUCAUCGUCAGCCUCUGUUGUAAGCUGAAAUCCUCUGGGAUGGUUUAUACAUAGCUAGCAGAGUCUCCUGGGGGGGGGGCGUUUUCACCCCCGGUCCACUUCAGGCACCCCCCCGCCUCGCUCAUCCCAUCGACCACACCCCCCCUUUACCCCUUGAUUCCGUGGGUCUUAGAGACCAGCGCAAAGAGGACGCUGGCUCAGACGUUCCGCGGGUCUGGAGAAAGGCUGGGAAACACCUUCCCUGUGAGCAGGGAAGGCGGACCAUCCUAUCGGUGAUGGAUUCUUCACGGGCUGGCGAACCUGACAGCCGCAUGACCCAGCCCCUCUGUUGCACUGUGACGAGAGCACAUGUGCCCCUGGGGCUGUGGCCUUCACACCGUUGCAGGUUCCCCUUGCCUCCUUUUGCCACGAAGGCAGCGUCCCGGUCACUGGAACUUUGCACAGACCCCCCUCAGUGGCUCAGUCCCGUGGGUGCGAAUUGAAUGGUUACCGUAUCCCACCCUCUAGCCACAGAGGUACGGCUGGGAGUGGCCCGGUGCGGCUGGAGAACUCCAGCCCAACUUGCCGCACCAGCCUUGUGUCGGGGCCUCCCACUGGUUAACAGCCCCCCCCUUUUUAAGAAGUCUCCCGCCGGCAGCACAAAACAAGAGAUUUUAUCAAGCCCUUUGUCGGGUGCCGUAUGCGGCUGGUCGGCUGCAUUCGGCGUGGCGAGCCACGAGUCGCGUAAACCUGACAGUCGCGGGGCAAAUCCGUAGCACAGGUGUGCUGUGCUACCCAGAGGAGAGAGAACAUUUUGGGUGGUGGGGCGUCGUAGAAAGAGUGGCUUCCCAAAUCAGUAAAGGCCGGUGAGAAUGACGUGGGACUCCGGUGGAGGGGGGUGGGAUAUACGGUCAGGGACUGGCCCUCUCUUUCACUUUUCCAUCUUUGGGGGGGGGAACACACCAGUUGCCCCUCCCUCGUCAGAGAGUUACUUGGUGGGUAGCUGACUCCGUGUAAAGGUUUAUACAUAUGUAUGUAAGAUGCAGAUUUGUACAGGGCCUGUAAUUGUGUAAAAAUAAAUGCUAAUUAU